GCACUCUGAUGAUCUGUCUUGGGUAGGGAGAAAAGUCCCAAGCCCGUGAGCAUUUCCCAAAGCUUCGGUAUCACUUUCGCAAUCACAAACUAGACCUUAUCCGAUCACAAAAAUCUUUCCCACCUUGUCUCUUUCAAAGUCAGAAAACAUGCCUUGUAAAUCCGAACAUGUUCUUAGCAUUUGCUUCAAAGACAAAUACUAUAUCAAAGAAAACCAUACAAAAUGCAGGCUGCUUUGCAUUUCACAGCUUGUUUCCCCAGAUUAAUGCCCACCAAACCCACAGCAGCUACACCGUGGAGGUCCACCCCUCAUUUGCAAACGACACAAUCCCGAUUAAUCAAAGUGGCUCUGCAACAGCUCCUGACACCUCAGCAGUUGACUACACUUCCAUUACCUCUGUCUUUCCAGCAGAAGCUUGUGAGACAGUGGGAGGAGAUGCUUGUGAUGCUGAAAUGUAUCCUGAAGUGAAGCUUGACCCAGAAACCACCAGCACUACAAACAAGACUUCUACGGAGAUGGUAGAUAGAGACUAUCUCAAGUAUGACAGUCCCAAGACGUAAGAUUAUUCUCCGCACUAGACAUUUUUUUCUUA